GGAGGCGCUGCUAAGAUGGAGAUCCGGGGGCGGGGAGGCGGCGGCGGCAGCGGCGGGCGGCGGCGGCGGGAGGCGGUGUCGCUCCUGCCCGGGGCCGGCGGCCGUGCGCGCCGCAGCCAUGGCGGCUCCUCCUCAGCCGCCCUCCUCAGCCGCCGCCGCCGCCGCCGCCGCCGCCGCCGCCGCCGCUCCUCCCAGACAAAGGGAGAUUUAACCAGGCCGAAAAGACAAGCGAAACCUGCCGCCGAUGAGGGCUUUUGGGAUUGUAGCGUCUGCACCUUCCGAAACAGCGCUGAAGCCUUCAAAUGCAGCAUCUGCGACGUGAGGAAAGGCACCUCCACCAGGAAACCUCGAAUCAAUUCUCAGCUGGUGGCACAGCAAGUGGCACAACAGUAUGCCACCCCGCCGCCCCCUAAAAAGGAGAAGAAGGAGAAAGUGGAAAAGCCAGACAAAGAGAAACCUGAGAAAGACAAGGAAAUCAGUCCUAGUGUUACCAAGAAAAACACCAAUAAGAAAACAAAACCAAAGUCUGACAUUCUGAAAGACCCUCCUAGUGAAGCAAACAGUAUACAGUCGGCAAACGCGACAACAAAGACCAGUGAAACGAAUCACACCUCAAGGCCCCGGCUGAAAAACGUGGACAGGAGCACGGCGCAGCAGUUGGCAGUGACUGUGGGCAAUGUCACCGUCAUUAUCACAGACUUUAAGGAAAAGACUCGCUCCUCCUCGACAUCCUCAUCCACAGUGACCUCCAGUGCAGGGUCAGAACAGCAGAACCAGAGCAGCUCGGGCUCAGAGAGCACAGACAAGGGCUCCUCCCGUUCUUCCACGCCAAAGGGCGAUAUGUCGGCAGUAAAUGAUGAAUCUUUCUGAAGUUGCACAUGGAGUUGUGAAAACUAUGAAUCAGGGUAUGAAAUUCAAAUCCUCCACCUGCCCAUGCUGCUUGCACCCCUGGAGAAUCAUCUGUGGACAUCGACCUCUUAGUGAUGCUGCCAGGAUAAUUUCUGCUUGCCAUGGGCAUCUGGCCACCAAGGAAUUUCGCACCCUGACGAUUACUCUUGACACUUUUAUGUAUUCCAUUGUUUUAUAUGAUUUUCCUAACAAUCAUUUAUAAUUGGAUGUGCUCCUGAAUCUACUUUUUAUAAAAAAAAAAUCUGCUGUGCACAAUUUUCCAUGUACAUUACAACUGGUUUUUUGUUUUUGUUUUGUUGGAGGGAGGGUUGGGAGGGGGAGGGAACUUUUAUUUAUUGUGUUCACAAACUCCAUCCUUUCAGCAUAUCCUUUUAAGUUUAGUUCUUUCUUCAAGUUAUACUAUGUACUAUCAGUUUUGAUAUAACUAUAUAUAUAUAAAUAUAAAAUUAUAUCUAAAGGGUUAUUUGAAACCAAUCCAUGGCAGCGCUGGUGCUUGAUACACUGUGAAGUGAAUACAGCAUUGAACAGUCACAGAAAGUGCUGAAAUUAAAUUAAAGUCAGUCUUACAUGAAGUGUGUUCCAACCCAUGUGGGAACUGGACUCUCAUCUGUCUAAAGAGUACUGGAUGAUAUAAAAAUAUAUAUUUUUUCAAACAAUGUGAUCUCAAAUUUAAAGACUGCUCCAGAUAGCCUGCAUUUGCGAUGGAAUAACUGACAAAUCACAAGUGGUUUAGUUGGGGAGGGCUUUGAUCACUCAAAAGUAACUAAACUAGCUCCAGAAUGCCAAGUAUUCGUGUACAUUACGGUUACAUGUUAACAUUGCUGUCUUACAUUAGCACUCAUGAAAAUAUGGUAUUCUGUAACUCGAAUUCCAUCCGUUUUCCAGACCUCUACUCAUGUCUGAAGGUAAACCUAGAAAUUGUCUCUUAGUUUUAGGAUUGAAAGCGUCUGAGCUGUGUUUUUGGUCCAUAGGAAGCAGCCCCUUGUUCCCACUCUGCACAUGACAUUGCAGUGGCAGUUGCUCUGAUUGAAAUGUGUGUGCCUCCAUGUCCCCUCACUUUUCAAACUUUCACCUUCCCCAGUUCUGUUGUGAGAAUGCUUUGUCUGUCUUUCUUGAAGCCUACUGUGGUUGGUUUUAUGGAGCAAAGGUUAUCUACCGCACAUCCGGUCCUGACGUGGAGCUUUGCAGUGUUCAGAGACAUUUCUCAAUUCCCUGCUGUGGGAAGAACUCAAGUAGCGAAUGGCUUGAGCUGUGGCUGCCAGAGGUGCCGGGAGAGCUCACACUGAACUGUGAGCGCCUGUGAUCUUUUUCUUCCUCGACGUAAAGAUAGCUUGAGCAAAAUUUUCAAGGUUUUCACUCUUUUUUUUUUUCUUUACUGUCUUGAAAAAAUCAAAGACCACUAGGAUGAUUCCACUUCUCCUCAUUCAAACAACAAAUUCUUUCGCUUCGCUUCUGUUUGAUUGGAGUCUCUCUUUGACUUGCAUUCAUACCGACGGAGUUUGUAGUACUUCCGAGUCAUUGCAAGCAUGAGGACUGAUGUCACCUUCCUUUAUUUGGUCAUACCUUUAAGGGCUCACGGGAGGGCAGGUAAUGUAAUGAAGCACCAUGUUUUGGUGUGAAAAGCCUGGUUUGCUAUUAAUCAGGAUUAAUUUCUGUCUGGAGGCAACAAGUUAAAAAAAAAUUAACAGCUUGAAUUGAGUAGCCAACAGGAAAGGUUCCUUUCACAUUUACAUUAAAACUAUUGUGCAGUCACUGAUGUUCCAUACUUUAGAUUCUGUUCUGGAAGGUCUAGGUAACGAAGCAGUGCCAUUUGUUGCUGUGAUCCUACUCUCAAAUGCAUGGACAAUGUUCCCUUCUUUUUAAAAGUAACGCUUGUGUCUGGGAUGCAAGCUAUGCUUAUCUUUUUAAAUACAUUUUUAAAGUAUUUAUUAAUGAACCAAAGGAAAUUAGAUGCUUCCCAUAAGCAUCAGAAUAUAUAAUACAUAGUAAUUUGACUAUGAAUUUUAAAUCCACAUUUUAAUAUUAGUGGGAUAUUGCAAAGACAUUCCUUCUAAAAUUUUAAUAGUCCUUUUAUUAAGGGUCUCAGGGAGGGUAAAUUAGUCAGCCAUAUUUAUUUUCCAGAGGUGUAAGGGAUUGCUAAGUUUUUUAAUUAACUUUUUAAAAGAAAAAAACUUAAAUACCACCAAACUCAUAUGUGGGUUGCACUGCUUUUUGAACCAAUUAAGUGUUGGUAUGCACUUUGUUCAGAAAUACUGUGUACUUUUUCAAAAUUAGUUUCAUGUAAAGUGAUUGGACCCCCUAGAUUAGUGGAAAAAGCUGAUUAACCAGCUACUCAUAGGCUGCUAAUUAAUUCAUUGCCAAUGUCUUGGUUCUUCAGUUUUGCCUCCGUGAUAAAUUAAAGAAUGGGGCGGGGUGGAGGGAGAGGAGUAGCUCUAGAACAGGUGGUAGGAGCGGCAGCCAGUGGUUGGUGUCAUAAGCACUCAGGUGAGAGUGCGGAGUACCCCUCUGCUGCUGCUGUGCGUCCUGUUGGCAUCGCGAGGGGUAGGGACCUCGGACUUGGGAUUCCUGAGAUUGAUGACAUCCCUCAGGCAUGCAUUCUGGAAAUGGAAUUCCUGUAGACUUCGCAUUUGCUGUUUGCCCUACAAUUAGUAGGCAGUGCGUAAAAACACUAGUGUAGAUGAUGAGGAGAUAUAUUAAAAGAGGACCAGAAAUAUUUGGUAUUCAGUGGCACAGAAAGCAGGUUACAAGACACAACAAAAAGCACAGUGUUAACGCUUGCAGUUCCCCAGUUGUUUUAUUACCACACGAUCGGUCACGUUUGUGCGUGCAUGCGCACACACAUAGCUUACCUGACUUGCUCUGUUUAGUCAUGCAGCUUAAAAAAAAAAAGACAUCUUGACACCCACAAAAUAUGUUAAUCUGAACCUUUCUGUUUCAGUCUGGUUAUUUAAACAAUAUUGGCGAAGCUUCUGUGAGUUUAGUUCCACUAAGACGUUUCACCUGCCUUACCAAGACCAUUCUCAGUCUACUUUUUUAAGCUACCAUAUCUUAAAUUAUUGAAAGUUUAUUAAUUGCUGAGUAUAUAAUAACCUUUGCUUGUAUGUAACCGGAAAUGGUUUAAGAGCCAACAUUUAGAGUAUGACAAUGGAGCUGAACAGUUUUUAAUGCGCAAGCCGUUCUGUUCUUGUGUAUGACUUGUAACCUUAAUUUACUGUGUAAAGAUGGUUACAUUAUUUCCUUAGCUUUGUUUGUUGGAGACAAAUAGAGAAUGCUUGUUAAGUAUGUCAAAACAUAAUCUUAUCUUGUGAAUUUUUGUCAAUGUAUUAUACGAGCUCUAUUUUUCCUUUGCCCAGAAAGACAGCUUGUAUAGCGCUUCUGGAAGUUUCUGCUCUGCAGCGUCUUUAGAGCGGGCGGUCUGUUGGGUUUGGUUUUCCUUCAUGCUAAAGUGUCAGUUGGUGGUUUUGUGAACUGGUCAGAAAUUCACAGGUCUUAAAGGUUUGGGGGAGAUUUAUAUUGGACACUGCUCUUUGUCUAGCAAAUAAAAGAUGUUAAUAUAUUCCUGUUACUGGCAUGUGCACGACCAUGUUAUUAGAAGCCACUUUAUCAUUUUCCUGCUUUAAAUAGAAAUGUCUAUUUAUGAAUUCUGCUUGUAGUUUUUUCACAAAUAAAAUAGUAAAAUUUA